GGCUGGCGUGGCUGCACUCGGAGAAGGUGGGAGCUGAAGGAAAUAGAAAGAUGAAGCGAGUAUUUACUAUCUCAGAGAAAAUUGUUGCAGGCAAUCUUGUACGAUACCACUGGCAGAAAACACUUGGGAAUUAUAUAGCCAUCACUGGGUCUGACCAUACAGUGAAAAUCUUUGAUCGCCAUGGACAUAAAAGAAAUGAAAUUAACCUACCAGGAAUUUGUGUUUCUAUGGACUGGGAUAAAGAUGGAGAUGCCUUGGCUGUGAUUUCUGAUAAAUCAAAUGCCAUUUACUUAUGGGAUGCAAACACGCAUAAAACUACACAGUUGGACUGUGGUAUGAGGGAUCAGAUGUCAUUUCUGAUGUGGUCAAAAGCAGGAUCAUUGCUUGCUGUUGGAACAACCAAAGGAAAUCUGCUUGUUUAUAGUUUACAGACCUCUCGCAAAGUUCCAGUUCUCGGGAAGCAUACAAAACGGAUUACUUGUGGUUGCUGGAGUUCCCAGAACCUGCUUGCACUGGGUAGCGAAGACAAGACGAUCACUGUCAGCAACCAAGAGGGAGAUACAAUCAGACAGACCACAGUGAGAGCAGAACCAAGUGACAUACAGUUCUCUAUGAUGAAGACGGAUGAACGGGCAUCAGUUGGCGAAAGCACAGUAAGUGCAAUUGUUGGCAAGAAAACUCUAUUCUUGUUUAAUUUGAGCGAUCCUGAUAAUCCGAUUGAAUUGGCAUUCCAGCAACGCUAUGGCAGCAUCAUAUCUUAUAGAUGGUAUGGUGAUGGGUACAUUAUGAUUGGGUUUUCUCAAGGCUACUUUGUAGUAAUUUCUACGCAUAUUCGUGAGAUUGGUCAGGAACUGUUCCAAGCCCACAACCAUAAAGACAACCUGACAAGUAUUGCCAUCUCUCAAUCCCUGAACAAGGCUGCUUCUUGUGGAGAUAAUUGCAUUAAAAUCCAUGAUCUGUCAGAACUGAAAGAGAUGUAUGCUAUUAUAAACUUGGAUGAUGAAACUAAAGGUCUGGAUCGGCUAUCUUGGACAGAUGAUGGACAGUUGCUUGCUGUAUCGACACAGCGUGGAACUUUGCAUGUUUUCCUUACAAAACUUCCAGUUCUUGGAAAUACAUGUGGAACUCGAAUAGCUUUCCUAACUUCUCUGCUAGAGGUCACAGUGACCAAUCAUGUUGAGGAAGAACCACAAAUCACAGUUUCUGUUGAAGUAGAACCGACCUUUAUCGCUGUUGGCCCAUAUCAUGUGGCUGUUGGAAUGAAUAACAGAGCCUGGUUUUAUGCCGUUGGAGAAAAUCGAGCGGAGAAGCUAAAAGACAUGGAGUAUCUGGGCACCGUGACCAGUAUGUGCUUAAAUUCUGAUUACGCAGCAGUGCUUUUUGAGGGAAGAGUUCAGCUACACAUGAUCAGUUCCAACAUCGAUUUUAUGCUCCCAGUUACUCAGCAGAUUGAAAUGGAAGGCAUUGAAGCUCAGGAGGAAAGAGAAACUCGUCUUUUUCCAGGACAUGAUGACAAAUACCGAGUUACAUGCCACGCACUUACUGCUGAUUUCUUAGUCUAUGGAACAGAUACUGGGAUCAUCCAAUAUUUCUAUAUUGAGGACUGGCAGUAUGUGAAUGAGUAUCGCCAUUCAGUCAGUAUCCGUAAAGUUUUUCCAGAUCCCAGCGGGACUAGAAUGGCAUUCAUUGAUGACAAGAGCGAUGGGCUUGUCUACUGCCCUGUGAACGAUACUAUAUAUGAGAUCCCGAACCUUCCCACCACUGUUAGAAGCAUUCUCUGGGAACACUUUACAAUGGAUAAAGGAGUCUUCAUUGCUUAUGAUGAUGACAAAGUCUAUACCUACGUUUUUCACAAGGAUACGAUUCAAGGAUCCAAAGUCAUACUGGCAGGUGCUACAAAACUUCCUUUUUCUCACAAACCAUUACUGUUAUAUAAUGGAGAGUUAACAUGUCAGACACAGAGUGGGAAAAUCAAUGCUAUUCUUUUAAGUACGCAUUCUUUCCUCGCUGGAUUGAAGGAUCUUGGACAUAAUGAUCUUCAGCCAAUGUUGACCCAAUGCUUAAUGCUGAAAAGGUUUAAUGAAGCCUGGGAUGUGUGCAAAUUACUUAAUGAUCCUUCCGCAUGGACUGAGUUUGCUCGUGCUUGCCUCCAUCACAUGGAAGUAGAGUUUGCGAUCCGUGUUUAUCGAAUGAUUGGAAAUGUCGGAAUGGUAAUUUCACUGGAGCAGAUUAAGGGAAUAGAAGACCACAGCUUAUUAGCUGGACAUCUUGCUAUGUUUAUGAAUGAUUUCAAUUUGGCACAGGAUCUCUAUCUGGCCUCCAGCUGCCCAAUUGCUGCACUAGAGAUGCGGAGGGAUCUACAGCAUUGGGAUAGUGCUCUGCAAUUAGCUAAACGGCUGGCUCCUGAUCAGAUUGCAUUUAUCUCCAAAGAAUAUGCUAUUCAACUAGAGUUCACGGGAGACUAUGUGAAUGCAUUGGCACAUUAUGAGAAAGGCAUGACUGGAGACAAUAAGUAUCUUGAACAUGAUGAUUCGUGUUUAGCUGGAAUUGCAAGGAUGUCAAUACGGAUGGGUGAUAUUCGACGUGGUGUCAACCAGGCAAUUAGACACACCAGUAGAGUUCUGAAGAAAGACUGUGGUGUUAUUCUAGAGAGUAUGAAGCAAUUCUCUGAGGCUGCUCAAUUAUAUGAAAAAGGACAGUACUAUGACAAAGCAGCAUCUGUUUACAUCCGUUGUAAAAAUUGGGCAAAAGUUGGAGAGCUUCUCCUUCAUGUAACAUCUCCCAAGAUACACCUGCAGUAUGCAAAGGCAAAAGAAGCUGAUGGCAGGUAUAAGGAAGCUGCAAUGGCUUAUGAAAAUGCCAAAGACUGGGAUAAUAUGAUUCGAAUCCAAUUGGAUCAUCUCCGCAAUCCUGAAGAAGCUGUUCGUAUCAUUCGAGAAACUCAAUCAAUUGAUGGGGCCAAAAUGGUAGCCAGGUUCUUCCUGCAACUUGGUGACUAUGGCUCUGCCAUCCAGUUCCUGGUGAUGUCUAAAUGUAAUGAUGAAGCAUUUCAACUCGCUCAGCAACAUAAUCAAAUGGAAGUCUAUGCUGAUAUCAUUGGUUCUGAUGCCAAUAAUGAAGACUAUCAAAGUAUUGCAUUGUACUUUGAAGGUGAAAAGAAACAUUUCUUGGCUGGAAAAUUCUUCAUGCUUUGUGGCCAGUAUACCCGAGCAUUGAAACACUUCUUGAAAUGUCCAGUAGCUGAAGAUGGCCAAGCUAUUGAGAUGGCUAUAGAAGCGGUUGGACAAGCCAAAGAUGACAUGCUAACGAGUCAGCUCAUAGAUUAUCUAAUGGGUGAGAGCGAUGGAAUGCCCAAGGAUGCAAAGUAUCUUUUCCGACUGUAUAUGGCUUUGAAGCAAUAUCGAGAAGCAGCCAGAACAGCUAUAAUAAUCGCUAGAGAAGAACAAUCUGCAGGAAACUACAGAAAUGCACACGAUGUGCUGUUUAGUAUGUACACAGAGCUCAAAGCACACAAAAUCAAAAUCCCCUCAGAAAUGGUGACAAACCUUAUGAUUCUACACAGCUACAUUCUGGUAAAGACUCAUGUAAAGCGUGGAGACCACAUGAAAGGAGCAAGAAUGCUCAUCCGAGUUGCAAAUAACAUCAGCAAGUUUCCAUCUCACAUUGUGCCCAUUCUAACGUCAACAGUAAUUGAAUGUCACCGAGCAGGGUUAAGGAAUUCUGCCUUUAGUUUUGCUGCUAUGCUGAUGAGACCGGAAUACAGAAACAAUAUUGAUCCAAAGUACAAGAAAAAGAUAGAAGCUAUGGUUAGGCGUCCUGACCAAUCAGAAGUGGAAGAGUUUACUUCGCCUUGUCCGUACUGUGCUUUUCAGUUGCCAGAGUGUGAGCUGCUCUGUUCAGGUUGUAAAAACAAUCUGCCUUACUGCAUUGUUACUGGCCGCCACAUGGUGAAGGAUGAUUGGACAGUUUGCCCCCAUUGCGAUUUUCCUGGUUUAUACUCUGAGUUCAAAGUCCUACUAGCUACAGAGAAAGCUUGCCCUAUGUGUUCAGAAAAGCUGUGUGUGGAGCAGCUGUCACUUGUUGAGCCAGCACCAUAUCUACUACAAGAUGAGGCAGAAUCAUGAGAAAUUUUGGAUAUGCAAAGUACAAGAUCCAGCAUCAUAAACCAUUGUUGAAAGUACCAGGAGUUCUUCAAUGCACGUCUACAUUUGAAACAUUUCCUUUUUAAGCAUUUUUAUGGUCAAAUUGUAAAUGGAUUUCUUCAAGUAUUUAUCUAUAAUUCAUCAUAAAGUUCAUUGUGAACUCUUAAUACUUUACUAUCAGCAUAGAAUGUUUUUUAUAAAGCAGGUAGUUGAGCAUUACAAAAUUAGCUUUCACAAUCUCCCUGUCUAUAGUCUCUCCAACAUUCACAAACAGUGCUCUGAAUGGCUUUAUGAAAUCCACACUGCGUUUUUUAAAAAAAAAAUCAACCUAUUCAGAAUGACAUUACACACGUAUAGAACAGGUCUCCUGGCUCAGAGGCAGGGACACAAAAACACUCACUAUCUUCAGUUUAAUUUUUGUUUUACAUCAUACCUUGAUUGCCUUUGCAAUUUUUUUGGAUUUAUUAUUAAUAUUUGAAAUCUUAAAGGAAUUCCUGACUUACUUAUGGGAUACUCCAAAGUCCGGUGAUUUCAAUGCUCCGUAAUUGAAAUACACUAAAAUACAUUGUUUUAACAUACAUACCAAAUUAACCUAAAAACUUUCACCAACAAUUAUAAUUGUUGUUGGCCAUAGUUCAAUUUACCAGAAAUAAAACUAACCAUUGGGCCACCUUUCACAGGAACGAGUUUCCUCAUUCUGCCCAAGACAAAAAUACAUGCCCUGAAGUCACAAUGUAUGGUAUUAGUAAUAAAACUUCCAUUUUAAAACAGUAAGUUUUUAGACUUGGCUGUUAGUACUCCAGGUGAACAUUUAUGACUGCAAGUCCUACACAAAGAGAGGAUUCAAUAAUGCACAGGGAGAGAUGACAUUUCUCAAAUACAGCAUUGAUCUAAAAACCGUUGUACGUACCUCAUCCUGUGCAUACUGAAAUUCCUACAGAAGGAAGCUUUCUUGCCCAUUAACAUGCAUAUUUCUAUGAUCCAUCAGAUAUUUUGAAAUGCUUCGAAUGGAUUCAAUAAAGUAUUAA